AUGGAGAAGGAGAGUCCAACAGUGGGGUCUACUCCAACAACCCAAAGUGCUCCAACAGUAGGUGAAAGUGCAAGUGCUCCUCCUAUCCAAACAAGUCCCAAUGUAGGAGCUGAAAAUGAGGUAAUAUCGAACUCAAACCGUACUUCUAUUGAGGAAAAUAUUGAGGAAAAUUCUAGAAACAAUAGAAAACACAAAUCACCUGCAUGGGAUCAUUUUGAAGAGAAGUACGUUGGUGGAAAACGGAAAGCAAUGUGUCCCGAUUGUAAGAAGGUCUUAGGGGGACAAAGUAAGAAUAGGACUAAGCAUUUGCUUGACCAUAUGAAGUCAUGUUUGUAUAAGAAACAAAAGACCAUAAACCAAUCUAUAUUGAAUCCUACAAAAUCUAAUGAUGGGUCGAUGAAGCUUGGUACUUACACUUUCGACCAAAAUCAAGCGAGGGAAGAGCUUGCAAAAAUGAUUACAUUGCAUGGCUACCCACUAUCUAUGGUUCAACAUGUGGGCUUUAAAAGAUUUAUAUAUGUUCCUUGUCCACAUACUGCUGAGGUGCUUACAAAUGCUUUCAUUGAUUGCUUGUUGGAUUGGAAUUUGGACUGUAAAUUGUCUACUUUGACUGUUGACAAUUGCACUACUAAUGAUGUUAUGAUUGAAGUCAUCCUAGACAAGAUUCCUCCUAUGUCAUUUUGGACUGCAACCCCAAAAAGAGAUGAAAAGUUUGUUGAGGCCGCAUGUCAAUUGAAAGUUCCAAGUACUAAAAAAUUGAAACUUGAUUGUAAAACUCGGUGGAACUCUACCUACUUAAUGCUUAACACUGCAUUGAUUUAUAAAGAUGUGUUUCCUCGUUUGAAACAACGCGAGACUUUGUAUAAAAGAGUCCCCACUGAAGAAGAGUGGUCCAAAGUUAGGGAUAUUUGUUCUAAAUUAGAGAUGUUUUUUGAUGCUACGGAGUUGUUUUCAGGAACUUUAUAUCCUACUAUCGAUAUUUUCUUCUCACAUAUUUGCCAAAUCAAGUUGGCAAUCGAUGAAUGGAUUAGAGUUGAUGACAUUGAUGUCAAAAUUAUGGCAUCAAAAAUGAAGGUGAAGUUUGACAAAUAUUGGGAUAUCAUGAACUAUUUGUUGGCAAUUGGAAGCAUUCUAGAUCCGAGGUACAAGAUGAAAAUGAUUGAAUUUUAUUAUCCUCUUGUUUAUGGCGACACAUCUUCUUCGGAGAUUGAAAAAAUAAGUUCAAGGCCUCCACUUCCCAAGCGUGGUGCUUAUGCUACAAGAUUUGAAAUGUUCUUGGAUUCUACUCCUACCAAUGAACAUGUGAAGUCGGAGAUGGAUCACUAUUUAGAAGAAUCUCUCUUGCCAAGAAAUACACAUGACUUUGAUAUUUUGUGUUGGUGGAAGACAAAUGACAUCAAGUAUCCUACUUUACAUGAUAUUGCUAAGGAUGUGUUGUCCAUUCCUGUGACGAUCGUUGCUUAA